UCUCCCCUUACGACGGUCUGAUAGACGAGAACACGCAGCGCGGAAAUCUGCACUUCUAGCCACUACAUACUGCUACCUACUUCACUCACGGUCUUUACUCUACCACAACCUCACCUCAACUCCUCCAUCCUUCCUUGCCGGCUGUCCGCACACGCGCCACGAGCCAGCUUUACCGAAUAAGCAUCUAUCCACCUCCUUACCUACCUACUCGCUUGCCUACCUACCUACCAACCAACCGAUUACUCGCCUAGUGUUUGAAUGAUGCAUCGUCUUCGGAAUAAGAAGAAGACCAAGGGGGAAGAGGACGACGGCGUGCCUCCGGUGCCGCCAGUUUCCAAGAACUUUUUGAAGAAGAACAAGACGGCGGUGCCCGAGCCGCCGCAGGUCGAGCUCGACCAUGUGCUGCCGUCGUCCGACGACUUCCGCACCUCGCUGCUGAUGCCCAAUCUGGCGCAGCGCUUCAGCAUCUUGAAGGCGGAGCAGGAGGCGUUGGCCGCCGCGAAUGCCAGCAAGGAGGCUGGUGGUAAUGGUGGUGGUGGUGGCUUCGAGCUGCCGGAGAUGUCGUCGAGGUUCAUGGGGCUGGGUGAUAUCGCUGAGACUGCGUCCAUUGACGGGUCCAUCAAGUCGGCGCACCACAGGCUGACGUCGAGGUCGGAUGAAAGGAGGCCCUCUGAGGACGGGGAUGGCAGCAUGAUGAACCGUGGCCGUGCGGGCGAGGGGAAUGUGCUGUUUGGUGGCCGACAGAAGAUCUACAAGGUUGCGCCGUCGAAAACGUUGAGGGGCGGUACGAGCUCGAUGGAGGAUUUGGGUGGUGGUGAUGGUGGUGGUGGCGGCGGUGGUAGCGGUUUUGGAAGGUCGCUGGCUCAUCACGAUGUUCCAGAUGUUCCGUUUUCGAGGCGUGAGUGGAGAAAGGGACCUGGGGAUGACGAUUCCGAGAGGAAAUCCAACGACCUCAUGGACCCCGAUAGGAACCGCUACACUACUUCUUCGACCAAUUCUACUCCAAACACAGCCGCGAGGCUGUCCACCGCUGCUACAUCCAUCAAUUCACAGCCCGGCGCUUCGGUCAGCGUGGUGCCUUCGCCAGUGAGUCCUACGUCGAUGGCCACAAACAAGCCUCGACGGCCCUUGUACGAACAGGCUUUGGAUCAGCAUCUGCAGGAUCAGCAGUCUACGGCGAUGGGCCGACUCGAGAGAUUAGCUUCUCUGCGAAGGAUGGGGUCCGGAAGUCCGCCGAGAAGCAGCUCCCCCGGGCCAGGGUCUCCGCAUCGCUCGAUAUCGCCCUCAUCGCCGACUUCGCACUCAAUGAUGCCAUGGGCGACUCAGCGAACCUCACCCGACACUCCGUUGUCACCGCCCGCCGAGGAAGAAAUGAGAUCCGAGAGGGGCACGUCGCCACGACCGCCCGUAUUCGACACGUUCGAUUUCGGCCUCCACUUGCAGAAGCCCAUCAGCCCCCCCAUGAGCUCCAAGGGAAACGAGUUCCCCGCUCAAGCCCCUUUUUCGUCCGGAAGACCUAGUGGCGAGGGACGUGGACAGCAGCGCAGUCCCGAAAGGGUUGCGAGCCCGGUGUCCGAUAGAUCACUGUCGCUUGGGGCUGUUGGGGCGAGGAGAUCACCUUCCCUCGUGAGAAGGUCCCCCUCUCCCCCUCCGCCCAGGAGCUCCGACGAACUGGAAGUUCGGUCGUACUUGGGGUCGUCAAACUCCAACAGCGAACGCAGCUCCCUCGACAACAAUGAUUUGGCACCUCGUCGGAGCGGUGAUUCACACAGCGUCCGGCGCCUCGAUAUCAACGGCGGCGGUAGCAUGAGGCGGCGUUCCCCCUCCGUCCGAGUAUCGACUCACGACGGUCACGAGUCCGAGGUCUCGUCCGUCGGUUCUCGUAUUUCGAGGGCAUCGCGUGUUUCCUCGAUGAGUACCGAUGAGCCGGCCAAGGCAUUCCUCGAAGCGCUGAAGCCGUCCAGGAAUCCAUCGAUUUCUGCGUCGUCACCGAGAUUCAACUCCAACACCCAUUCUGCCGAAGAUGAUUCCCCUACUCUCCCUUCGGGCCAAGGCCAAGGUCUCAGUUUGCUUGUCCGACAGCACUUAAGAUCCGGCUCCGAUGCGUCGUCAAUGUAUGCGGCGUCGACGUACACGAGAAUGUCACGAGUGUCCCGCUACGGCGUGGCCGCUUCUACUACUACUUCCAAGUACGAAGAUGCCGCCGCCGCAGCCGCCGCAGAAGUGUCUUCCGAGGGCAGCGAGCCGAGCAGUCCAUCAUCAGCAUCCCACGUGUACGGCCGCAAGAAGUCCCCCGCGACUCCGCCCGAGAUCCCGUCGAAGGCUCCCGGUCGCUCGGGGUCGAGCCUGGGAAAUCGAACCGAAGACGAGGACAUGCGGAAUGGCUCCUGGGAGAGAGGAAGGAUGACAACUGAUAGUCGGCCCGGGUCCGAGUGGGGUGAUAGUAGACCUGGUACCAGAGCACCCAGCAGGGCUGGUACAGAGAGAUCCUUGAGUAGAGCCGGUGGUGACCCCGAUGACCAGGACUGGGAACAGCAAUUGGCCUUCCGGCGACAGAUCGUGCAGCAGAACUUAAGGAACCAGGAAAAGAUCAACAGCCAGCACGAGAUGCCGUACGACCACCCGAAGGAAUUGAUGAGCCGGGGAAAUACCACCGCCAGCUCUUUCGGAGGAAUCAAGGUCAAAGGAUCCAACAUCAUCAGAACGGACAAUGGUAGGUCUCCCGUGGUUCCAAGGGCGGAAAGCAGAGAGCGUGGAAGGCACGACGGCCGCACGAUGGACGCCAGAUCCAUAAGAGGACCGAUGUCUCCGCCGGGUCACCCCGCACAUGGUCGUUCCGGGCAUCCCGCUCAUUCAGGUCAUCCAGGUCCAGGUCCCCACGGUUUCCCAGGCUCCCACGGUCCUCCAGGUCACCCCAGUGCCUCUCCCCGGCCGCAACAGCGGCAGCGACCUCCUCUCGCCACGAACCACACUUUUGGCCCCGGCGGCAACGGCAGCCGCUCCGCCGAUCCCCUAUCGCCCGCUUCCAGUCGCUCCAGGCACACAUCGCCGAGAAACUCGCCGCCGCGGGUACGCCAGCAGCUCUCGCACGAACAGAUGAACGGCAAUAGGGGUCAGCCCAUGGGCUGGCAAGACAGCUUCGAUCAGCCUCCGAUGCAAACGCGAAGCACGCCUUCCACACCGGUUCCUCGACAAGGCCCUAUGCCUCCCUUGCCCCCGUUGGUGGGAGGAAAGAUCUUCCGACCCGCUGCCGAUGGAUUCCGGGACGAUCUUUCGAGGGCCAUGAUGACCGGCCAGUCAAACAUCACCGAGGUUCCCCGGCAACGCAUGAGGAACGGAUCCAGCCCGGAGGAGCCCAUGGAAAACGUGAGAUCCACCUUUGAGGACGAGGACCAUCGACCAUCACCUUUGAGGAGGCCCCGCGGUAACAGUCUUAUCCAGGGAGUACAGGGACUUCGAUCGAGGAACAUCGACCGGGAAAGCACGCAACUGCCACCGCUGAACACGGCCGGUCUGCUGCCGCCCAAUGCCAUCGGAACGCCAAACUCGCUGGGAUCCAGGUCGCCAGCAACACCCGGACCGUCACCGACACCGUCUCCAGCGGUUGCCAAAUCCCCAGCCGCCAUCAUGCAGCAGAUCGCGAACGCAAACUCGUCGCUCGCACCCGCGCGCAAGCGCGUAGUCAACAAGUUUGAAAUCGGCGAGCCAACACUGCUGUCAAAGACGUCGCACAUCCCCACCAUCAACCUGCCCAACCGCCCCGCAGACGGACUCUCUAUCCCCCACCUCCUCGCGUCCUCGGCGCAGUCGAUCAAGAGCUCCGCGCAGUCGACGAAGAGCCGCAAGCGCAACAAUACCAUCUUUGGCGUCUUUGGACGGAAUAAUACUACGGAGGAUAUUCCUAGCCUGCCGCAGGUCGUUAUGCCAACUACUGCUACUCCUACUGGCGGCGAUGGUUUCCCCGAUAGGUCGAAUAGGGCGUCGUAUAAUACCCUGAGGAAAUCGACGAGUGAUGGUGGUGCGCUCGCCAGUCGUGCGAGAAUGGAUGAGGUCAAUGCGAUGAGACAUCAUAUGCCCAAGAUUCAGAAGCCGAUGGCUGGUGGGAUGAUUUGAGGGUGGUUUAGCGG